UGUUUUUUUUUUGUUCACAGGAAGUCACAACAUGGCUGUCACUACUGUUAGCAGUUAUCACAUUAGGCACAUCAGUGUCAUCGAGCGAGCCCCGCGUGGUGUGCUACUACACGAACUGGUCGGUGUACCGGCCUGGCACCGCGCGCUUCAACCCGCAGAACAUCAACCCCUACCUCUGCACGCAUCUCGUCUACGCCUUCGGAGGCUUCACCAAGGACAACAGCUUCAAGCCCUUCGACAAGUAUCAGGAUAUUGAGAAAGGUGGUUACGCGAAGUUCACUGGGCUAAAGACAUACAACAAGAACCUGAAGACACUGCUGGCUAUCGGAGGGUGGAACGAGGGUUCCACCCGGUUCUCUCCCAUGGUCGGCUCCAGGGAGAGAAGGAAGGAGUUCGUCAGGAACGCUAUCAAGUUCCUCAGACAGAACCGCUUCGACGGAUUGGACUUAGACUGGGAGUACCCAGCCUUCAGGGACGGCGGGAAGCCCAAGGACAGGGAAAACUACGCCAAGCUGGUAAAGGAGCUUCGCGAGGAGUUCGACAGGGAAGCAGAGAAGACAGGGAAACCCAGGCUGCUGCUCACCAUGGCCGUGCCAGCUGGUAUCGAGUAUAUACAGAAGGGAUUUGAUGUGAAGACUUUGAACAAAUACUUGGACUGGAUGAACCUGCUCUCGUACGACUACCACUCCGCCUUCGAGCCCGCGGUGAACCACCACGCGCCGCUCUACCCGCUCGAGGAGCCCAACGAAUACAGCGUCGAUAACGAACUUAAUAUUGACUACACAAUAAAGUUCUACUUGGAGAACGGUGCGGAUGCUGACAAGCUUGUCCUCGGUAUACCGACUUACGGACGCUCCUACACGCUGUUCAACCCUGACGCUGUGGAGAUCGGAUCGCCGGCAGACGGGCCCGGAGAGCAGGGAGACGCUACAAGGGAGAAGGGAUAUCUGGCUUACUAUGAGAUUUGCGAGGCCCUCAAACCCAAGACAAAGAAACGCCAGGCAUCUGACGAGGACAGUGAGGAGUACUCCGAUGAGGAGGAGGAGACAUGGACCGUGAUGCACCCGAACCCCGACGCGAUGGGCCCCGUCGCCUACAAGGGCAACCAGUGGGUGGGGUACGAUGAUGAGGAUAUCGUCCGAAAGAAGGCUGCAUACGUCGCUGAGAAUGGACUAGGAGGCAUUAUGUUCUGGUCUAUCGACAACGACGACUUUCGCGGCACGUGCCACGGGAAACCUUACCCGCUCAUCGAAGCCGCCAAGGAGUCCUACUUCGCUAAACUCGGGUCCACAGAUAACGUAAUAACGGAGAAGACAGCUGUCGCUCGUCCCUCCCGCAGGAAGAGCAAGCCGAGAAGCAGCACCACGACGUCGACUACCACUCCCAAACCCACCAGUGCUGCCAAGAGCAACAAACGCAAACCCAGUCCCUCAGUAACGAGCACCACUCCAUCAUGGAACAUCAUCACUCCGGAACCACCGACUACUCCCGACCCAGGAUCAGACUUCAAGUGUACUGACGAAGGUUUCUACCCUCACCCUCGCGACUGCAAGAAGUACUUCUGGUGUUUGGACUCCGGGCCCUCGAACCUUGGCAUUGUAGCGCAUCAAUUCACUUGUCCUUCUGGUCUUUACUUUAACAAGGCGGCCGACUCUUGCGACUUCGCUCGCAACGUACCCUGCAAGAAGUCAACUCCCACCACGAAGGCGCCCACCACGAAACCUCCCACUACUAAGACUGUUCCGACUUCCACAACGAGUACGAGCACGACCUCGACGACUACUAGAAGACCGCUCAGACUUAGUACGAAGAGCUCCUCGCUGUUCAGGACCACAUCCACAACUACUCCAGAACCAGAGACUGAAGAAGAAUACGAAGAAGAUUCAGUGGAAAGCGGUGAUGAAGAUGCAGAAGACCCCAGAGUUAUCAAAGAACUGAUCGACCUCAUUAAGAAAGUUGGUGGUAUCGAGCAGUUGGAGAAGCAGCUGGGUCUGGGCGACAGCGCGAGUCCCGCGGCCAGCACAGACGGCGCUCCCACCACCACGCCCUCCGCCUUCAGCAAGAAACUCUACCAGAAAGUACUCGAGAGGACUCGUGGCAGGAACAAAUACACUGGAAUCAACAGUAUUCUCGAAGGCUCCGGACAGAACAGUCGCCGCGGACCACAAAACGCAGGAAUAGAACCUUCAAGCGAUAAAGAUAAACUGUUGAAAAAGGACAGACCUCAAUAUACGACAAUCAACCGUCAACGUGGUUCCACAUCAACAACCGAAGCUGCCGAAGACAGUGAAGAGGUUGAAGAGUCUUCGGAAGAGGUUGUCGAGCAGGUCCUGAGGUCGAAGGCUGUGGAGACAGAGUCCAGAGUGGGCACCACCGCUAAGCCACUGCAAUACGUUAACAUUCGCAGAGCGAGGCCAACCACUCUGAGUACUUCGGACACUGCUGAUGAUACUGCUUCCAGGAACGCACUGUUCGAGAGAUCUGAGCCAUUAGUGUCAGUAUCAGACACGCCAAACUCGUUGGACAUACUGAGCGCAAGAAGAGAAAAUGUACCAGAGUACGUCACCAUCAGGAGACAGCGACCCACUACCGAGGAAACCACUACUGUGCAAUAUCAAAAUUCUAACGAAGAAGAAGAACUACAAGAAACAGCAUUAGAAAGAGAAAUAUCGACACAGCCUCAAUACACAUCUAUUGUGCGAUCUCGCUCUACACUCCGUCCCACUGAGGAGCCAACCGAUACCCCUCUCCCUAGAAUACGCUCCACCACUGUACCUACCGAGGAAACCAGUAGCCCCGAUCCAACCACCGUACUAGCUGUCCAAAUAUCCUCUUUACUGAACUCCCCAAGCACUUCCGAAAUCGAAACACCCGAGACUGAAGCACCUGCUACCACCACUGUCGCUGAAACAACCACUACAACGACCACAACAACUACGACCGCUGCUCCUAUAAACACUCGUCGUCCGCUGAUCAGACGGCGGGGAUCCACCACGCCAUCACCAUCAAGCACGGCAGCGCCAUCAAGCAUCACGCAGGCUCCAAAGCGCAGUUUCCUUCGGCGCACGAAAGCGACCGCGCCUCCAGACACGGCGGAGACAGAAUCCAGCACAGAUAAAACAGAAACCACCACAAACAAGUUCACUAGACGCGGGAGUUCCAAAUUCAAGUCGCGAAAAGAAGCUGAACUCGAGAAAAAAGGUUCGACCACGAAGAACGAAGUGGAAAAUGCGUCGCGGAGGCCAUCUUUGAGCGGCGGCGCGCGGCGGAGUGAGCGACCGACGCGCAAGUUUGUGCGAGUGCGGCCGGGAGGGGCAAACGUAACAUCAACAACAGCAGCUACUGUCUCAUCAUCGUCAUCAUCACCAUUAGCUGCCGUCACCCGGCGUCCGUUCCGCGUCACCGCUCGCAGGCGUCUGGGGUCCACCACCACCACUAGCACCACGUCCACAGCUGCACCAACCACUGCUGAGGCGCAGGCCGCCACCAGCGCUUACGAAGAUGAGGAAUCGUUACAGGAUAUUGGCGAUAUUGAUGUAAUUGAAGACCCAACUCUUGAACCUAAAGCUCCGAAGAAAUUCAACAAGGUCCAACGGCGUCCCCUCGUCAAUUUGAAAGAAGACGUGAAAGACCAGAACCCUUCAGCUACAAACGAAGAAGAAAGAAAGAGACAGAGCAAGAAGUACAGCUCUACUAUUAAACAGAACCAGUUGGAUGACCUGAUCAAGUCGAGGAGUCAGGAGGAGACGACUACGGAAGCCAAGUCUACUGCUGACGAAAUAAAUUCAGAAACAGCUUUGGCGAUAGCCGCUCACCAACUGAUCACAGCGCCCCUACCAAGCGUACAAGACUUCGAAGAUGAUGUGAAACCGACAAGAAAGACACAAACCACCGUCGAAUACAAGUACACGAGCCGAGAAUACAGCGAACAGACUGACAGCCGAACACCAACCUACGAUGAAUACCAAAGCACACCAGUCUACAAGAGUACUCUGGGAAGCUACGACAAAACUCAACCCGACUUCGAUUCCUCCAAAGUAACGUCCGACUUCAAUGUACUAAAGUCUCCAGUCACUUCAACAGGCGCCUACAGAACUGAAUACACAGAAACUGCACCGCAAACUUUCACUUCAGAAUUUGAUGCCCCGAAAAUAUCGACAACCACCUAUGACAUACCAAAAACGACUGCCUUCCCUAACACUGUGAACACUGCAAACACAGCCAACCUUGACUUCGGUCGUCCAACUGGCAGCGAAUACAGUGCUCCUGAAUAUCUUCCAAAGGCGACUAAUUUCCCAAACACAGCAACGGGGCAAGAUUUCGUCAGAACUACAUUAAGUGAGUUUUACGACACUCGAAGCGACUUCGACUCGAAGAUAUCUUCUUACCUCCCCAAAUCGACUGUAACGAACUUCCCGACGAACACAGUGCCUCAAGAAUUUGGCCGUACCACAGGCAACACGUACCCUGACACCUCCACAGACUUCGUGGCUAAGACUUAUGUUCCUAAAUUCCCAUCAACAGAUUACCCGAACACGAUAAACCAGGAAUAUAUCAGAACAACCCUGAACACAUUUGAUAAUUCGCCUACGGAGCUCAACUCGCCAAGGAUCUCAACCACUUUGGCUCCACCGCCGUCUACACCAUCAAGAUACUUUGAAAGAACGACUUUCUCAGACAUUCCAACAGAAAACUCACCAAGAAUUGCAACUGGAUUCUCCCCAAGAUCGACUGCUACAACCAAAUUUAGCAGAAGUGGUUCGAGAUAUUCUGGAGCAACAAAUGAAGAUGGAACUGGUUUUACUGGAGUCCAAAGGAGUUCUACGCAGAGAUAUAGAACAGAGAAACUGAUACCAGUGCCGGUGGAAAGCACGGGCUUCACGACAGUCGGGUACAGCAGUCCCAGCCAAGAGCCUACAUACUUCACCAGGGAAUACCUCUUGGAGUCGCCGGUUACUAAAACUUACGAUGAGGAAUACCAGUAUCUAUCACCAAUUACGACGCCUGCAACGCCGGCUACUCCAACAAGGAAGGUCAUAAGGAAAAAGAUUCAACGUAAGAUCUCGACAACGCAGCAACCGACGACGCAACCCCCACCAACAUCCACUCCCAAACCACGUAGAGGGCCUCCGAAGCAACCGUUUGAGAAGAUACCGAAAGUACCAAAGAAGACUUACAGGCCGAUAGCUAACUACGAUUAUUAUGAUGACAGCGAUGAGAAGGUAGCUGUCAAAUAUGUAGAAGGCACCAAGGUCGUGAUGCGUUCAGAUGGUCAUAUCGAGUGUCUGGACAUCGGCAACUUCCCUCACCCGUCGUCGUGUAAGAAGUUUAUAUCGUGCGCUCGCAUUGAGAACGGGUCCCUGCUCGGCUGGGAGUACGUCUGUCCAAAGGGACUCAGCUUCGACCCCGUCGGUGGAAUCUGUAACUGGUCAGCAGGCCUUGGCUGCGACGAGAAAGACGCCUAAAAAUGUAUCUAAGUCUAGAAAUUUCAAGAAAUUAGAAAAAUCAAUUUAAAAAAUUUACAUUUGAAAGUACUUUUAGAUAUUUUUUGUGUUCAGUAGGUACUUAUUUUUAGCAAGUACUUAUGUUUAAUCACAUGUAAAAAUCGUGUAUAAACCUACUAUUUAAAAAGGUACUUUAAGAACAAAAAUGUAAAUAAAUUUUAAUCCUAAUUCUGUUCUCAUAAAUUCUUAUAUUAUUAUUUUAAUUCACUUUCUAUUGUAAGUAUAUAUUAAUGUUAAAUCAAAAUUUUGUAAAAAAUUAUGUGAUAUUACUAUCUUUUAUUGUUGACUGAACAAAGUAAACUAAAUUUAUUGAUAAAUAAAAUAUUGUAGAGAAAAGGGAGUAGGCACAGAUGGAAGCAACAUUUGUGUUUUAUCUAUUAGCAACAUCAUAGAGCCAAGACAGUAUUUUGUCACUGGCAAUACUUAUUUAACUUAUAAAAUGUUAUCAAAACAAAAAAAUAUUUAUAGAGAUUGAACUGUCACAAAACUCUUUUCAUAUUAUUUGCGUACUUUUCUCCUUUAUUCAAAAUGAAUCGUUAAAAUAUUAUUAAAUGCAGUUUACUCCUUGUACUAAAUGAAUAAUUCUAAGUCAAAACAUGGUACUUUUGUAUCUGAAUCGUACGAACACUGCCAAUAAUAUACUCGUAGGAUAGUUCGUAUGUAAGGCGUAGCGAUCCUGAAUGUGCUCCCUGAGGUGUUACAUAUAUUUCAGAAUGUGCCUUAAUUAUUUUACAAUUGUAGUUUUAAGAUUAUUGAGACAAUAAAACGAUAUUGUAAUUAUAA